AGGAAAUUCAGUUUCAAAAGUUAAGAAAAUUAACUAUAAAUAAUCUUAAUAUGUGAUAAUUCUUAUAAAUAUUAUUAAAUAUUUUCACGAAGAUUAAUUUAAGUUAGAUUAGGAAAUUUAUUUUUGAAAAUAAAUGCGGCAAAUCAAUGAUAAAAUGGAAAACCAUUGGGGUGAUCCGAAAAAUUAUAAGAAUCCGAUAAAAAAUAUUGAAGAAAAAUGGAAAUUGGUUCCAGCAUUUUUAAAAGUGCGUGGAUUAAUUAAACCGCAUAUUGAUUCGUUUAAUUAUUUCAUAAAUGUUGAAAUAAAGAAAAUCGUUGAAGCAAAUAAUAAAAUUCAAAGUGAUGCAGACCCUUUGUUCUAUGUUAAGUACUUGGAUGUUCAAGUUGGUAAACCCGAUAUGGAAGAAGGUUUCGAUACAACACGUAAAGUGACCCCACACGAAUGUCGCUUACGUGACAUGACCUAUGCAGCACCAAUUACCGUUAAUAUCGAAUACACCCGUGGUACACAACGUGUUAUUCGUAAUGGUUUAGUUAUCGGUCGUAUGCCAAUUAUGUUACGUUCAUCGAAUUGUAUUCUAACGAAUAAAACCGAACAUGAGCUGGGUAAAUUAAAAGAAUGUCCGUUAGAUCCGGGCGGAUAUUUUAUUGUAAAGGGACAAGAGAAGGUGAUUUUAAUACAGGAGCAAGUACCACGGAAUCGUAUGAUCACCGAAGAGAUUGAUGGGGAAAUUCAUUGUUCCGUGAAUAGUUCAACGCAUGAGCGUAAAUCACGUACAACGGUGUUUUCGAAGAAUAAAAAGUAUUUUGUUGGGCAUAAUACUUUUACAGAUCCGGUACCAAUAUCAAUAAUAUUCCGUGCCAUGGGUAUUACAACCGAUCAAGAAAUCAUCUCGCUAAUCGGUACCGAUGAAGAAACUCGUAUCAAAUAUAUGCCAACAAUGGAACAUUGUAUUGAUUUAAAUAUUUAUACACAAAAUCAAGCGUUUGCAUAUUUAGGUACAAAACUAGUACCAAAACGUUAUUUAACUGCUUCGUCCAAAACGAAGACACCGAUUGAUGAUGCCCGUGAUGUAAUUAGUACAACAAUUCUAUCACAUAUUCCAGCAGAAAAUUUUAAUUAUCGUUUAAAAGCGAUUUAUUUAGCUCUGAUGCUUCGUCGCGUAAUGUGUGGCCAAGUGAAUAAAAAAAUGAUCGAUGAUCGUGAUUAUUAUGGUAAUAAACGUUUAGAAUUAUCUGGAAUGUUGUUAUCGUUAAUGUUUGAAGAUGUUUUUAAACGUUUCAAUUUUGAAAUUAAAGCCAUGGCUGAUAAAUUAAUACCAAAAGUUCGUGCCACACAAUUUGAUGUUGUGAAAUAUAUGAGACCAGCUUUAAUUACACAAACACUUGUGUUUGCUAUAUCAACGGGUAAUUGGACAAUAAAACGUUUUCGAAUGGAACGUAAAGGUGUAUCUCAAGUUUUGUCACGUUUAAGUUAUAUAUCAGCUUUAGGUAUGAUUACUCGAGUCAAUUCACAAUUUGAAAAGUCUCGUAAAGUAUCUGGACCACGAUCGUUACAACCAUCACAAUUUGGUAUGCUUUGUCCAUCAGAUACACCUGAAGGAGAGGCAUGUGGUUUAGUAAAAAAUCUUGCAUUAAUGGCGCACAUCACAACCGAAUCGGAUGAAGCACCAAUUAUAAAAUUUAUUUAUAAUAUCGGUGUACAAGAUGUUAAAUUAUUAGGCGGUGAAGAUAUUUAUAAUGAUGAAACAUUCUUAGUCUUUUUAAAUGGUGGUAUCUUAGGUGUUGUGAAAAAUUAUCGUCAUUUAAUACGUGUUGUACGAUUAAUUCGACGUAUGGGUAAAAUAUCACCAUUUGUAUCGAUUUAUCCGAAUUUAUUACAUCAAUGUGUUUAUAUAUCAUCGGAUGGGGGACGAUUAUGUCGUCCAUAUAUUAUUGUUGAAAAUGGACAACCGUUGGUCACAGCGAAACAUAUUGAUGAGUUAAAACGUGGUGUACGAAAGUUUAAUGAUUUUUUGGAUGAUGGUUUAAUCGAAUAUCUGGACGUAAAUGAAGAAAGUGAUGCUUUAAUCGCAUGCGCUGAAACUGACAUAGAAAAAGACACAAGUCAUCUGGAAAUAGCACCUUUUACACUGUUGGGUGUUUGUGCUGGUAUUAUACCAUACCCACAUCAUAAUCAAUCACCACGAAACACGUACCAAUGCGCUAUGGGUAAACAAGCGAUGGGUGUCGUUGGAUACAAUCAACAACAUCGCAUGGAUACUCUCAUGUACAAUGCAUUGUAUCCGCAAGCUCCAAUGUGUAAAACAAAACCAAUCGAAAUGAUUGGCUACGAUAAAUUACCCGCCGGACAAAAUGCAACCGUGGCUGUAAUGAGUUAUAGUGGUUACGAUAUUGAAGACGCAUUAAUUAUAAAUAAAGCGUCAAUUGAUCGUGGUUUUGGACGAUGUUUAGUUUUCCGUACGGAAAAAUGUACAUUACGUCGAUACGCCAAUCAAACGUUUGAUAAAAUCCAAGGUCCAUUAUUAGAUCCAAAUACGAAGAAACCAAUAUGGACCCAUGAUAAUUUAGAUUUGGAUGGUAUUAUUUCACCGGGUGAAAAAGUUGAACAAUAUCAGGUUCUAGUCAAUAAAUCAAUGCCAACGAUCAGUGUAAAUCCGGGAAAUGCAACCGGACAACAGCAAGUCGAAUAUAAGGAUGUGCCAAGUACAUAUCGAAAUAAAAUACCGAGUUAUAUUGAUGAUAUUAUGAUAGCGGCCGAUGAGGAUGAUGCUGCGUUAAUUAAAAUACGAACACGUCAAACACGUAUUCCACAGAUUGGUGAUAAGUUUAGUUCGAGGCAUGGUCAGAAAGGUGUUAUCGGUUUGGUUGUUGAACAAGAAGAUAUGCCAUUUAAUGAUUAUGGAAUAUGUCCGGAUAUUAUCAUGAAUCCGCAUGGAUAUCCAUCACGGAUGACUGUUGGUAAAUUGUUGGAAUUACUUUCUGGAAAAGCUGGUCUAGUGGAGGGUAAAUUCCAUUACGGUACAGCAUUUGAAGGUUCGACCGUUGAAGAAGUAAGUGAAGAAUUAGCCGCACAUGGUUUUAACUAUUUGGGAAAAGAUUUCUUCUAUUCGGGUAUAACUGGUGAACCGCUCGAAGCAUACAUUUAUUCUGGGCCAAUUUACUAUCAACGUUUAAAACAUAUGGUCCAAGAUAAAAUGCAUGCACGUGCCCGUGGUCCACGCGAUGUAAUGACACGACAACCGACAGAAGGUCGAAGUCGUGACGGUGGUUUACGUUUAGGUGAAAUGGAACGUGAUUGUUUAAUUGGACACGGGGCCAGUAUGAUGUUAGUAGAACGAUUAAUGACGUCCAGUGAUGAAUGUACGGUGGAUAUAUGUAAUGUAUGCGGUCAUAUUGGUUACGAUGGUUACUGUCACUCGUGUAGGAAUUCGAAUAGUGUGAGUCGUGUUAAAAUGCCGUACGCUUUUAAGUUAUUGUUAACGGAGCUACAGGCUAUGAAUAUCACACCAUGGUUAACAUUAACCAAACAUAAUCGAUAAAGUUUUUCCAUUUUUUGUUAAAUUGUUUCAUUUUCUAGAAUU